GCUGAAGAUUCAUAGUCUAUAGCCUCCAGUGUAUUACCCUUCAAUACUGGAACUUGUUGCUCUGAUAGUUCCUAAAUGGGUUGACAGUGAAAUGAAUGGAUCUCCAUGUUGAUCCAAAUGUUUUCGACCCAUCACUUGAUGCUAGCAGAUCAAGACAUUUCCAUGGUUCAUUCUUAUUAAUUUCUGAUCAUUCAGUUCCUUAUCAUCAUAAAUGCCUUGCAAAAUAAGUCAUAUUGAUGAGAUGCAUCAUGCUUUCUCUGCGCGUGCUUUUAAGGAAACAUAUAAUGGCUGAUUUUUGUUGAAGGUCAGUCUCCAUUGCUUAUAAUAUUGCGUUGUCCUCAACAUAGUAUCCAUUUUGCCUGAAGAUCAUCCGUUUAUUUGUGCUCUGGUAUGGUUUUGAGAGGUUCAGGGUGAAGCAUUUAUUUUGCUUUACAAUAAGAAAUUCAUCCAUUUAAUGUAUGGAGGCAGUAAUCUUCUAUUGAAUGGCUUAACACCUUAGGUGCCUGCAUUAUUCAACAUCCAAAAGAAGGUUUUAGUUUCUGCUAUAGCGGUGUAUAUAAUUGCACAGUGACAGACCUGCUACUCAUCACGGUUUCUUUAAGGGAACCUUCAACAUAUACGCAAAAUUGCUGAAAUGAAGUAUUUUGGGGAUAAUUCUGCAAGCACUAAUUUUCUUUUUGAUAAAGGUAAAGUUGUAUUCCUCAGCAAUGAGGGUAUGCGGGCAACCACCAAAAAGAUUUACAGCAGUGACCCCAAAAAACCAACUCAAGAUAGCUGCUACUAAACUUAUAAAGAAGAAAAAAAAAUUAUAACCUGUCCAGCAUCCUCUAUACCCUCCUCUUUACACCAAAAAGAGAGUCUUCAUACAACGCCAUUUGAUCUUUUGGACUGAUUCUGCAGUGUUUUCUAGACACCUCUUGUUUCUUUCUCUCCAAAUAGUCCACCAUAUACAGGAGGGUAUCAUGUUCCACCAUUUCUUCUGGCUCUUACUCCCCCCACCCAGCAACUAAGAAGGUCUGCAGUACUGACAGGUAAAUCUCUCGAACCUAAUUACUGCUGGAAAAUCUAUUUGUCUGUAGUGAUUUACAUAACGACUUCCCCAUUACUUUAACAAGAAAGAUUAAAGACCUUCAGGUUUAGAUGUUAAAAUUUGUUUCUGGAGAAACUAGGUAGGUCUCUAUUCUAGAGGUCCAAUAAACAUGUAACAUGUUGAAGCUUAAAUAUUAUGUUAAGUAUAUGAUUUUUGCACAUUUAGUUAUAUGUCUGUUAGUUUCAGGAUGUGGUUUCAAGCUCAUAUGAUCUUUGAGAUGAAGUCUAAUGUCAUUUUUGCUUUGUAUUUUGUGUUUUUGUGAAAAGAUUGACUUCGAACAUGAUUUUUCACUUUUGUGCUUUCUUCUAUCUGUUCUUGUGAAAAGCGUGACUGAGAACUAUGUUGCUUCCUAUGUGUACUGAAAACAAUUAUUGAUAUCAAAACAAUGAUCCUUAGCAGUUAACAUUUACGUUGAAGAGUUUAUGUCAAAAGCUAAAAGAAUAGAUUUUUAUUGUAAGUGUUAAAGUUUGAUGGUAACUUUGCUACUGAAAAUUGAGAGGAGCCAUCUGAAUAUCAACAGAAGAAAGGCUAGCUUAGACUUAGAGUAUGGGAUGGGAUACAAUUAAUUAGUUUAUUGUUGAUUAAUAUAUUUUGAAAUUGUUGCCCUUGAGAAUAGCAUUAGAGAGGUGUAGGGCUUUGUUCUAGUAGUAUGAGCUUAGUGCACGUCACAGGUUCGAUAUUUAAGUGGAGAAGGGUAGAAUGGCGGGCUCAUUAUUACCAAGUUUCAAACUGUGCACCACUGCCUCUCAGGAUUUCUUGGUUAUAAAAAACAAACAAAAAUAUGGCGUAAGAGAGACAUUUGCUCAAUUGUUAGUUCAUUGUUUUUGGGUUAAACAAUUUUCUUGUGGGUUUCUAAUAUUGGUCAAGUUGGGUCGAAACAAAAAAAAAGACCUUUUGCUUACUCCACAAAAAUACAGCACAGUUUCUAAUUUGAGCACAAGUGUAGAUUCUUGUGACUUUUGAUUAAAUAAUAUUAUGAGAAUGUAAGACUGACAGAUUUGAAAACUUUGAGCCCUAUAAUUUUAACAUGAUAACCUCCUACUGAUAAUUGUCACUUCUCAUCACCUGUCUAUAUCUUGUUAUCUUCUAGUGCUUUCAGCUUAUUUCUUCAGGGGUCUAUGGGGCUGGGUCGCUUCUUUGCCAUUCCUUACGUCUAGAGGAGAAAUCAUUGCAAAAAAUGGAAGAAAGAGCUGCUUUGGCUAAGAUAACUCACUGAAUCAUGAGGAUUUCCUGCAAUAUGUCAAGUAUAUUUCUUAUUGGACUUGAGCACUCUUGGCCUUGUUCUUCGGUAAGAAAAUUCAACACAUGAUGGCAUUGAGAAGAUAUUGUGAGACGAAGUGGUUAAACAUCCCACUGGAAUUUGAUUUCUCCUAAUUGAUGUGUAAUAUGUGUGCACUAUUCUAGCUUAGAUGGAUUCUGUAGUCUACUUAAACUUUUCCUCCCAUACAUGUCAUGUAAGACUUAGUUUGCUAUUUACUUCUUGUAUUUUUGAGUUUGGUACUAUGAAGGUAAUGGGCUUUUGUGAUGUAUUAUCUUUAUUAUAAGUUUGUCAUUUUUAGUAAAUGUGAUUGUACCAUAUGAUGUGCACACAUGUUUCAUCGUUAAAUAUAGUGGAACACAGCGAAAGGGAAAUUAUUCAAAGAAUCCUUAUUACUACACCAGAACUACAUUACUACUCAUGGGUGUGGCGGGAUGGUUGAAAUCUCUCCUCCACCUUUAAUUAAAGUCUCAGUUUUAAGGCCCGGGUAAUGGAGAACUUUUGGUGGGGAGCACUUUCACAAGUAUGUAGCGUGAAAUUGGAUCAGUCUAGCCAAUGAGUUUCAGAUACUAUAUGUCUAAAGGUGAAUUUGGAUUAGUCUAGCCAUCAUUGUUUACUUUAGUGUUUUGUUCCAGGGUUGUGAAGGGAAAGAAAUCGGAUUUAUCGUGUGACAAAGGAGAGAAAACUGUAGUUUGUACAGAAGAAAUUUUGAAGUCUUUAUAGUAUGAACUGAAAACUGUAGUUUGAACUUUGAAAUGAGUCUUAUCCUCAUUUCUAAGACUGAAAUUUUGAGUCUUUAUAGUAUGAACUGAUUUUUAGCCCAAUUUUUUGAUUGGCUUGAAAGUCUCUGAUUGAGAAUGACAUGUGUGGCCUAAAAUUUUUUUGCUAGUUCUGUGGGGUUGGCAAAAUGGUUUUAUAGUGGACUUUGACAAUUUGGAAGCUUAUAAUAGUAAACUUUGUCUACUUAUUGUGCUUUGUUACAUAUAGCUUGGUAAUAGGAGGAGUAUUAGAAACCAAAAAAGAUGACCACCACCAGCAGAAAUGUGCAACAUUUUGUUCAUGUAAUUCUUGUUUUUCUUCAUUGUUUUAAUACAGGAUUUUGCACAGAAAUAGAUAGCAUUACCAGCACUCUAUCUCUGAGGGAUCCUGGGAUUUUAUCAUCUCCAGGAGGCGUCUUGAAGUUGGGAUUUUUCAGUCCUCUAAACAGCUCUAACAGAUUUCAGGUGAUGGAAAUGUCGUCGUUAUGAAUGGGGAGGAGGAGAUUCUUUGGUCAUCAAAUGUUUCAACCUCUCAGGUAAACUCAAUUGCCCUUCUCCAAGAUUCUGGGAACUUUGUUCUUGUAGAUCAUCUGAAUAAUGGGAGCACAAUAUGGCAGAGUUUUGAACAUCCUUCUGAUUCAAUUGUCCCUAAAAUGAGUAUAAGUGAAAACACAAGGACAGGGGAGAGGAUAGAAGUAAAAUCUUGGAGAAGCCCUUGGGAUCCUAAUUUCGGAAACUUUUCUCUAUUAAUGAAUUCUGGAUUCAUUCCUCAGGUGUAUAUCUGGAAAGGUAGUCAGCCCUAUUGGCGAAGUGGUCAAUGGAAUGGCCAGAUCUUUAUCGGAGUGCAGGAUAUGUAUUCUGUGUCGUCUGAUGGAUUCAAUGUAGUGAACAAUCGCGAAGGUACCGUAUAUCUUACUGGCCCUGGUGAUUUUGAUUUCUUAACGAAAUUUGUCUUGGAUUGGAAAGGUAACUUGGUUCAAUCAUAUUGGGAUGUGAAUGAGACGACCUGGAAGAUAAUAUGGUCAACUCCCAAUAACGAUUGUGAAGUUUAUGGAAUGUGUGGUCCAUUUGGUAGCUGCAAUCAUUUGGAGUCGCCGAUUUGUUCUUGUCUGAAAGGUUUCGAGCCAAAGCACAGGGAAGAAUGGGAAAAGGGGAAUUGGGCUAGUGGUUGUCUUAGGAGGAAAGUUUUGCAAUGUGAAGUAAGGAAUAACUCAGGGGAUUCAAGUAAAGAAGACGGAUUUCUAAAGAUAGGGUCAAUAAAAUUGCCUGAUUUUGCAGAAAGGUCAUCGACUAGAGAAGACCAGUGUAGAAGCCAAUGUUUGGGAAAUUGUUCCUGCAUUGCGUAUGCAUAUGACUCAGGUAUUGGCUGUAUGUCGUGGAAUAACAACUUGAUUGAUAUUCAGCAGUUCCAAAGCAGGGGGGAAGAUCUCUAUAUUCGCAUGGCACAUUCAGAGCUUGAUCAUCAUAAAGACAUAAAGAAAAUUGUAAUUCCAGUAAUCCUUGGUUUUCUUACACUCUGUGUUUGUCUGUUCCUUUGUUGUAGAAGGAUGGCCAGACGUAGAGGAGUAAAAAGGAAGAAGAUAAAUGUACUUGGUGACAGAAGUGCAGUUCAUAUGGAAGAGUUACCAGUCUUCAGCCUCGAUACACUUGCAAAUGCAACAUCCCAGUUCCAUGAGGAUAAGAAGCUUGGUCAGGGCGGUUUUGGUCCAGUUUACAUGGGAAAAUUGGAAGAUGGGAAAGAAAUAGCAGUCAAGAAGCUUUCAAAAGCCUCGGGACAAGGGCUGGAGGAGUUCAUGAAUGAAGUGUUGGUGAUCUCUAAAGUUCAACAUAGAAACCUUGUUAGACUCUUGGGAUGUUGCGUUGAUAAAGAGGAGAAGAUGUUGAUUUAUGAAUAUAUGCCCAAGAAAAGCUUGGAUGUGUUUCUCUUUGAUGAAGGACACCGAGGCAUUUUGGAUUGGAGAAAAUGUUCCACUAUAAUCGAAGGGGUUGGUCGAGGACUCCUUUAUCUUCACAGAGAUUCAAGAUUGAAGAUAAUUCAUAGAGAUCUGAAGCCAAGUAACAUUUUGCUCGAUAAUGACUUCAAUCCAAAGAUUUCAGAUUUUGGCAUGGCUAGGAUUUUCGGGUCUGACCAAGAUCAAGCAGACACAAGGAGAGUAGUUGGUACUUAUGGAUACAUGGCUCCAGAAUAUGCAAUGAAAGGAAGAUUCUCUGAGAAAUCCGACGUCUUCAGCUUUGGAGUUCUAGUGUUAGAGAUCAUCAGUGGCCGAAAAAGUACAAGUUCUUGGACUGAGACAUCCUCUUUUAGCCUUUUCGGAUAUGCAUGGAUGUUAUGGAAAGAAGAAGAUUUAUCAACUUUUAUCGAUCCAUUCAUAUUGAAUCCGAGCUCAGAAAUGGAGAUAAAAAAAUGCAUACAGAUUGGUUUACUAUGCGUUCAAGAAUUUGCUGAAGACAGGCCAAGUAUUUCAUCAGUUCUUGCUAUGCUUACCAGUGAAACUACAAGUAUUCCUACACCAUCACAACCUGCUUUUACAGAAAGACAUGAUUGUAUCUUCAAAAUGUGCAAUGAAACUAAUUGUACUUUGAACAAUAUCAGUAUCACAAACAUAACUGGUAGAUGAAAUCAUCUUUUUAAAGAUAUGCAUAAUUAUCAUUGUACGAUCCAUCCGUCUCAAUUUGUAUGAUAUCUUUGUCAUUCAUUUUU